UUGUAGUAUUAAAGUAUGUGAUUUUAUCUGAUUUUAGUUGGUGAUGCUGGUGAACGGUUGGGUAAUUGCGAGUGGUUCGCCUGUCGCGAUGUUGCAGCACGCCACCUCCUCGCAAAGCAUUGUGUUUCACCCGCUGCAGGCGGCACCAAUCGCACCGAUCACAACCCCAGCACCAGUGGUUCCAAGCAGCAGUGCCAGUCAUGCAAAGUACGAAUACAAGUACGAGGUAUCGGACCACCAGACUGGUGACAGGAAGAGUCAUUGGGAAAGCCGUGACGGGGACAAAGUACGGGGUGUUUAUACUCUGUAUGAACCGGACGGCGCUCUCCGGACUGUGGAGUACACUGCCGACGCUUUGCAUGGGUUCAAUGCAGUGGUGAAAAGGAGUGAACCGAAUCAGCACUCUCAUCUAGGUGCUGGGUACAAACACGACUCUCCCGCCACUAGUAGCUACACCUCUUAUGCUGAUCCCAGUCCAGGGUACACCUCAGAAAGAGGUGUAUUUCCAGGACAAGGCAGUUCUGCCAGACGUCCAGGAAAAGCUAGCGGCCACAACCCUGGAGUUGACUUUAGCGUAGUACACGGACAUAACCCUGAUAAAUCUUAUUGAUUGUAUGAAAACCAACCAUAAUAUAAUGAAAAUAAAGUCUUGUUUUGAGUAAUGGUUUAGAAAUAAGGUUGACAAAUUAAAGAUGAUAUUUUUGUUGUAUUGGUUUUAUUCGUCAGCGCUGGCGUACUUUGCGAGAAAGUUAAUGAUAAAUGGGUAUAUUUAGUCGAGAUCGAAGAGUUCGGAGGGAUGAUACAGUCCAGUUUAAUGGUGGUGACCAUGAUCAUGAUGAUGGUCAUGAUGGUGAUGGGGGAUGAUGUGGUGGUGAGCCGUCUUGUGG